GUAGCCUUGUUCAAAAUGAGAGCCCAUUUCUCGGCCGCAGCACUUUUAGGACUGCUUUGCCUAGCAGAACUAUGUUCGAGUCGUGUUCCAAAAGUUCUCAAACCGGGUGGGCGAAUAGUUGGUGGAUAUGCUGUGAGUAACAUCAGUCAGUUUCCUUUUCAAGUAUCACUGCAGGCAUGUCUUUUCUACAUCUGCGGUGGUUCAUUAAUCAGUGCAGAAUGGGUGUUGACAGCAGCACAUUGUACCGUCCACAUCCCGGCAUCAAGUUUAAGGGUUCGAAUUGGAUCUCUAGAGAUUACUUCUGGGGGUGUGGAGGCUAAAGGGCUUAGAAAAAGAGAACAUCCUCAGUACAACCCCAAAAUUGCUGAUUACGACUUUUCGUUGCUGCAACUAAAGCCAUGGCCAUCCAAAGGAGUUGUGUACGCAGCAGUUCAACUUCCGAACCAAGACGCUGAUGUUGCCGAUGGAAUCAUAUUGACAACAUCUGGAUGGGGAGAUACGCAUAAUUCUUCGAUCUCGUGUGCAUCGCUGCGUGCAGUCGAUGUUCCAAAAUAUAAUCAAACCGAAUGUAAUCGGGCUUAUUCCCGAUUUGGUGGUAUAACAACGCGUAUGAUUUGUGCUGGUUAUAAAGAAGGAGGUAAAGAUUCAUGCCAAGGUGACUCAGGUGGACCACUCACACUAAACGGAACUAUUGUGGGAGUUGUCUCCUGGGGAUAUGGGUGUGCUGUGCCUGGAUAUCCAGGAGUCUACGCCCGUGUGGCAUUUGUUCGAAAUUGGAUAGCAUCUGUAACUAGAUUGUGAGAAUAUAUAUAAGUGCAUUUCAUUGCCCGAAAUUAUUGAUUGUUUCGAUUUGUCGAAAAAAUUCAAAAACAACCAUUAACUAAUUCAUAAUAUGAAGUACAAUUCAUCCAUUUUGAAGA